AUGCCAGAAAUCAUCCUCUCCAUCAACGCAGGUUCAUCCUCCGUCAAGAUCUCCGUCUAUCAAGCCAAUGACAAAUCCGGCGAUCCGACGCAGCUGGCGGAGGCCUCAGUCGAAGGCCUCACAGCCCCUCCCGCAACACUAAAGUACGAAAGAGGCGACGAGAAGGUCAAAGGGAAAGAGUUGGAAGGAAUAGAAUCCCAGGAAGACGCCUUCAGGUACAUUCUGGAUCACUUAACCCAGGAUAAGGGUCUCCCGCAGCUCAGCCAAAAGGAGGACAUCAAGUUCACGUGCCAUCGGGUUGUUCACGGUGGAAACUAUCCAAACUCACAAGUCAUCGAUGAAGAUACGUACCAUCACAUUGAGGAACUGUCAGAUUUGGCGCCACUACACAACGCCGGCGCCCUCACCAUCGUCCGCACCGUCUCCAGCCUCCUCCCCCACGCGACCAACAUCGCCUACUUCGACUCCAGCUUCCACUCGACCCUGCCUACCCACAUCAGCACGUACCCCAUCGACCCCAAAAUCGCCGCCCACAACCAACUCCGCAAAUACGGCUUCCACGGCAUCUCGUACGCCUUCAUUGUGUCCGCCGUGUCCGCGUACCUCCAAAAGCCCGCCGCCUCCCUCAACAUCAUCGCGCUGCACCUCGGCUCCGGCGCGUCGGCCACGUGCAUCAAGCACGGCAAAAGCCACGACACCUCCAUGGGCCUGACGCCGCUGGCCGGCCUGCCGGGCGCCACGCGCAGCGGCAGCAUCGACCCGAGCCUCAUAUUCCACUUCACGCACGACGCGGGCAAGCCCUCGCGCAGCAGCACGCAGAAGAUGCACAUCACCACCGCCGAGGAGAUCCUCAACAAGAAGAGCGGCUGGCAGGCGCUGACGGGCACGACGGAUUUCGGCGCCAUCUCCGCCAGCGCCGCGCCCGAGUGCCAGCUCGCGUUUGACAUCUUCGCCGACCGUAUCGUCAACUUCGUCGCGCCUUACUUCGUCAAGCUGGAUGGGCAGGUGGAUGCGCUGGUGUUUGCGGGCGGGAUUGGCGAGCGCGGCGCGCGGUUGCGGGCCGAGGUCGUGCGGCAGGUGAGGUGUCUGGGGUUUGAGAUUGAUGAGACGCGGAAUGAGAAGCCGGGGGACGGGGUGGUGACGAGUAUUGGGGCGGAGGGGGCGCGGUAUAAGACGCUGAUUUGCAAGACGGAUGAGCAGUUGGAGAUGGCGAGGAGUGUGUUGGAGGAGAGGGUGAGGUUUGCGAAGAAGUGAUUGGUCCGGUGCGGUGGUGAGCUUCGGUGGAGUUGCAACGGAUCUGUUGUUGCGUGCUUCAUCGACUUUGAUUCUUUCAUCUUAGACUCUUCUUCCUUUCCAAUAGACCACUCAAAUGGAGCGCGAUCGAUAAAUCUCGAGACUGGCUAGCCCACCUCUUGCAUCCAUCUCCAUAACAAACGCGGUACCAAAGGGUUAUUGCGAUUUUUCUUUCAUUUUUUUCUGCCGCUCGUACCCC